AUCAGCAUCACUUCACAGCUCGGUCCUGGACUCAGUCGGAUCACUGACGAAGAUCAACAAGAGACUCUGAGGCUCCACAGCAGGUAGAAGACAUCAUGGGGAACCGCCAGUGCACCGUUGAGAUUGAGAAUAAGUGCUCUGUGUACACCCUGUGUAACCCGAAGGUGUUCAUUGUCAGUGGAAUCUAUGAGAAGUCUUUGCCACCGUCUCUCGGCCACUCUGAAUCUGGCAGCGGUCGGUUCAUCAAGACUGCGAACACAGCGUGUGGAGCAGUUGGCGUCCUCACUUAUGAUCUGCAGAAUGACUCCACGGAGAAAUGUGAUGGCAAAUUGGCCGUCAUGUACUCUGUUCCUUAUGACUACACCGUGUACUAUAACUGGUUUGCAGUGGGAGUCUUUGACGUGAACACAGACUGUGACUACAGUCUUUAUCACGAGAUGUAUUAUGGGGCAGAAAGAGGGUUUGCCAGAGGGAACGCUAAAGACAAACUGACUUACACAGGCAAAGAUGUUACCAUCAAAGCCACCAUGACAGACAGUAAGAUCUCUCUCAUCAAGGUGCAGGUGUUCCCAGCUUCUGCCAAGCACAAGUAAUCCCAGCUGGUUCUGUUUCAUCCUGCCACUUUUCAUUCUCUACAUUAGUUUCUCUUCAGAUAUCUGCUGUCUGCUUAGAUGCUGAAUUGUGUUUCUUUGUUCUGGUUCUGACAGUAAAGUUGAAUCUGAUCUACUAAAUAUUUGUGUGAUAAAACAUCUUAAAACUCUGGAUACACAAUAAAACAACAGAAACAGUUGGUUAAAUGUCGGCAGCUUUCUUUCUGUAACACGAACAUUACAUUAUGAUCUGGGUUCUUUUGUCAAAGUGUGCCUGUUUAUCUAU